UUUCCUUCGGACCCAAGGGUGCUUGGGAGCCCUGCAGCCCCCAGUCUGUCUCGCCCAAAGUGUCUCUGAGAAGGCAGUGGAUUUUGGGGCUGCGUCCUCCCCCCACCCUGGUGGACCCCAGAGCAUGGAACACAUCCAUGACAGUGACGGGAGUUCCUGCAGCAGCCACCAGAACCCCAAGGGCACAGCCAAGUGGGCGGCCUCGCUGGAGAAUCUGCUGGAAGACCCAGAAGGCGUGAAAAGAUUUCGGGAAUUUUUAAAAAAGGAAUUCAGUGAAGAAAACGUUUUAUUUUGGCUAGCAUGUGAAGAUUUUAAGAAAAUGCAAGAUAAGAAGCAGAUGCAGGAAAAGGCAAAGGAGAUCUACAUGACCUUUCUGUCCAGCAAGGCCUCGUCACAAGUCAAUGUCGAGGGGCAGUCCCGGCUCAACGAGAAGAUACUGGAAGAACCGCAUCCACUGAUGUUCCAGAAACUCCAGGACCAGAUCUUCAACCUCAUGAAGUAUGACAGCUACAGCCGCUUCUUGAAGUCUGACUUGUUUUUAAAACACAAGCGAACCGAAGAAGAGGGAGAAGAGUCACCCGAUGCCCAAACUGCAGCUAAAAGAGCUUCAAGAAUUUAUAACACAUGAGCCCCCCCAAAUGCUGGCAGGACUGGCAGCUUUCGGGAGCAAAGGAAAUCACUCUCAGGACCAUGCAGGGUUUAUAAUUGCUUUGUUAUCUGCAAGGACUGAAAUGUACAAAACCCUUCCAUGGGAUAUGUGUAUUUUAUUAACUGCUUGACCAGUAAGUUUUGCAUGAUGGCUAAUCUUACAUAAAAAAACAAAUAGCUUUGAAGUUUUAGUUCACACGUAUACACACAGACACACACAUACAAGGCAGAAAGAGUCCUUAAACACUGGACACUGAGCAUUUUAUAGCUUGAUUAAACUUCGUGUGAGGCCACCAGGUGAAACUUAUAGCCACCUCUGACCUUUUAAGUCUUGGCCCUGCCUCUGGGGAAUGGGGCAUGCAUGUCCCCAGAUCACUUGGCAAAUCAGCUUGAGAAUGUGUUCAUCUGACAAACACCCACUGGGGGUGCUGUCUGUCAGGUGUCUUUUGAGUUAAACUCUUCUCAAGAGCAAGUUCAAUGCUGGGAAAAGAAAACGCAUCAAGGACCGCCUCUGCAGAGGUGGGGAGCUGUGUGUGUCGUCAGAGGGUUCUUAUUCCUUGUGCAUGGGUUUGUCCUGGCUUUGCCCACAGUCAGUGACAUUUCCUGCAACACAAAUACAUACUUCAUCUUGACAGAAACAAGAUCCCAACCAGGAAGGAAGACAAAUGGGAAAAUGUGCACCGUCCCUGUAGCAAUGCAAGGUGGUAUUGAAUGGGAUUGUGGCACACAGCCUGUGCUGAUGCUGGAACUCGUGCAUGUCCCCUUCUCCCACAGCCCAUCUGGGGACACGUUGUAACCCUUUCUUCUCUGUGCGUACACUUUGCUAGGCUUGUUAAUCUAGAUUUGAGAUUUCAACAAGAGGAAAGACAUGCUGUCUCUGAAAGUCUCCUUUUGGGUGGAGAGGCUGAGAGUGAAGUCCUGCUUGGCCCAGACUGAGCAGCCAACCCAGCUCAUCCCCUGUUAGAAUUAAACCCACCAGAGCCCAAGGCCAGGCCCAGUUCCCUUUGCUAAUUGUUCCUGCCGUCUGCUUCUGCCAGAUCUUCUCUAGCAUAUCUGCCAAACCUUAAACUUCUGUUUGUAGAAAGCAACCAGAUGCUGUUGGUCACGAGCCUUCCGACUAACCCAUUUGCAAAAUUGCCUGACGUUGAGGGCGGCUGUAUAAUUUACCAAUCAAACCAGGGCACUUUUGAGAGCGAAGCGGGGGGAGUUUAAUAAUUACACUGGGGAAACAGUGUCAGCUGGUUCUGUUCCUGGGGAACCAGUUUGCAUGGUCACCCUACUGACGACCCUCCCCUAGUGUGACCUCUUGGGCCAUCCCCCAGAUUCGCUAGCUUUGUCCAUUCACUGUGGUCGAAUGCUUCCUGCCCUUCCAUCUUGGGUUUGGGGAAGGGAUGGCAUUUGGGGGGCCAUUCGCUGCUGAGAACCGUCCUCCAAUUGAGCAUCCAUCAGAAACAGCAAUAUUCAAGCCCUCAAUAAGGGGUUCACCGCCUUCCCCCAGAUGUCCUAGACUGACUUUCUCUCGGCCUGGGGUGAGAGCGUGAUGCUGAGAAUGAUGCCCCACGGCCCUGUCAUCCAAAAAAAUUUAGUCCUUGCAGCAGCAUAGACGUGCAUUGACAUUUUAAAAAGCAAAUGCAUUUUAAAGAGCAAGGAUUAAAAACAGUGCACGUUCUCCAGUUCAACUUGGAGUUUACCAGCCAGAAAAGUGCAGGGAUACAGACCACAGCACUGUACCAAUAUAGACAUAGGGUAAUUUCGGGGCCCGUGGAGCUGGGCAACCUGCUCAGUGCUGCCUUUGGGGAGCCUGGGCCAGUGGGUGGGCUGGAGCCCUCUUUCUGGCUUUCACCCUUUUACCACUGGGUUCCGAGACCUUUGAGAUGGCCGUCGCAUUGUCGGCCUGAGUUAUCCACAUUGUCUAUCAAAAGCAAAGUCUCUCACAAGCUGCCUGAAAAGCCCAAUGCCAGCGUGCCGGUGAGCCACAUACGUUUAACCACAGCUGACACCUACCAGCGUGAGCUCACACCACUUUCCUCUCCUUGCUCCUGCCUGGCCGCCUCCAUCGAGGCCAAUCGGAACCUAGGUGUGUGCAGAAUUCAGCUUCUGAGGCCAUUGCAAAACUGAGACUGAAGCAUCGGGAAUCCAUGUAGCCAGAUAGACACUCGACCCAGCUUUUCACUUUCGUCCCUAUAACUGUCCAUCCAUUUAUUGAUUAGUAUUUAAAUUGUGUCUGCAGUGAGCUAGGCGGGACGGCGUUAAGUGCUGAGAUUCAAUGGCAAUAAAGCAGCCAUGAUGAUUCACGCUCCAGUGGUUUACAGGUGUUUUAAAAUGUAGGUUUUAUUAUUAUUCAGGUUUGGUGAGGCCAACAGAUCAGGAGACAAUUGCCGUUGAAAAGAGAGUUUGGUACAGUUCCUACGAGGAGGGGGCACGCCAUGCCACCCAGGGCCACAUGGGGAAUCACCAGGACCAGUCAGGAGGCAGAGGGAGUGAGGGACAAAUGUGAGCAAGAGCCUUUACUGUGGUUCCCAUGGGAAAGGAAAAGCAGGGUGAGCAGGCUUAGGAUUGGCUAGUCCGAAGAGUUUCCGUGGGUUCUGGGACAUAGGGGUUGCCUCUAGUUGUCUGGUACCUGGCUCUGGCUGAUGAGGGCAGGUGGCCCAGAGUGUAAGAGCCUGGUAGAGGAAGUCGUUGGGGAUAUGAGCUCUGGACUGGUUAGUUUGCAUAUGAAAGGCAUGCUCUAUUAUCUCUAGAAACUGGCUGGCCCUGGGAGGGGCAGUGCCUUCAGGUCAUCAAGGCCCCAGAUGUCAAAGCAUCAGAAUAAAAAACGCAUGCUUAAUACAACAGUCUGCAGGGUCUCAAACGCUCCGCCUGCAUGCCACAUAUGUCAUGUCUGGUGGGGCAUGUGUUUCAAAUCUUUCAACGCAAAUGCCUUCUGCUGCUCAUGAGUGUAAUCCCUGGUUAGCCGCACGCCUCAACCUUCCCUAUUGCCUUAUAGCAGGCCACUCUCAUAUUUAUGUUAUCUGCUAGCUCCAUAGUUUGUACCCUGAUCUCCUAUUUCCGUAUGCAGAGAGCAUGGGCUGGGUGACAUUUUCUUCAGUGACUUUGCAAUCAUUAAUUGUACCUCCAAAUCCACUUUGCUGACCUGCCUGGCUUUCUAUAAGUUGUGGUUCCCGUCCUCCCUACCAUCCUGCACCAUCCCGCCUUCUCAAUCGCACUAUUUCCUUCUCAGGCAUAGUACGGAUCACCUCACCCUUGCAGAGGACCUUACCAAGUGUUUCUUUCCCAUUGCCUCCUGCACAAAACCUCCAAAAGUGACAGAACAGCCAUUUCUCCUAUUGUCUGGAUGGGAAGACUGACACCAAUAACACGACUCACACAGGCACAUGCUGGUGAGUGGUACAGUCUGACGAUGGAACCAAACCUGUUCCCUGACGCCAGCUCCCUUUUUGGUCCAUCCCCUGCCUGGACAGGGCCCCAGAAAAGCCCAGGGCUGGGGGUGAAUACUGACCUUUGGGUAAAGAUGUGCACUUACUCACAAAACUGAUAUGCAAUGAGAACCUACUAAUCCCAGGCCAAAUGUUUAGAUACAGCAGUGUAGGGGGAUGAACGAAUGAGGCAGAAACCGUGCCUCCAGGGAGCAGCUGGUCACGAGAUGCGAUGGAGUCUUUACCAAAACUGUCACAAG